UAACUUGACCCGACAGUCCAAAUGUUCAUAAAUCCUAGGGUUUAAGGAAGAGAGAAACCUGAAAAUGGCGGAAACAAUGGAGAUCGACGAUAAACCAAACAAGGGUAAAAACAUAGUCUUUUCAACAUCCAAUAAUGAACCCAAAUCUGUUCCUUGGGUCGAAAAAUUUCGUCCUCAAUCCCUCGAUGACGUGGCUGCUCAUCGUGAUAUUGUUGAAACCAUUGAUAGGCUUGCGAGUAGUAAUAGGUUGCCGCAUUUGCUGCUUUAUGGACCGCCUGGAACUGGAAAGACAUCUACAAUUCUUGCUCUUGCUCGGAAGCUAUAUGGGACUCAGAUGAACAAUAUGGUUUUAGAGCUGAAUGCGUCUGAUGAUCGCGGGAUUGAUGUGGUGCGACAGCAGAUUCAGGACUUUGCUAGUACUCAGAGCAUCUCAUUUGGUGCAAAGUCAGCGGUGAAGUUAGUACUAUUGGAUGAAGCAGAUGCGAUGACAAAAGAUGCACAGUUUGCUCUGCGUCGAGUGAUUGAGAAAUAUACAAGAAACACUAGGUUUGCUUUGAUAUGUAACAAUGUCAACAAGGUUAUUCCUGCCCUACAAUCACGAUGUACACGAUUUAGGUUUGCUCCACUCGAUGCAGUUCAUGUCUCUGAGCGGCUCAAACAUGUUAUCGAGGCUGAACGGCUUGAUGUCCCCGAGGGUGGUUUAAAGGCACUUGUACAAUUGAGCAACGGCGACAUGCGAAAAGCUUUAAACAUUUUGCAGUCAACACACAUGGCUUCUCAGCUGAUUACGGAAGAAGCUGUCUAUCUGUGCACUGGAAAUCCAUUGCCGAAGGACAUUGAGCAGAUCUCUUACUGGCUUCUGAAUGAACCCUUUGCUAUCAGUUGCAAACGAAUAUCAGACAUCAAGACAAUAAAAGGGUUAGCUCUGGUGGAUAUCGUGAGAGAAGUAACCAUGUUUGUCUUCAAGAUUAAGAUGCCAGCAGAUGUUCGAGUUCAGCUGAUCAAUGAGAUGGCUGAUAUUGAGUAUAGGUUAACUUUUGGUUGCAAUGACAAGUUGCAGCUUGGAUCACUGAUUGCUGCUUUUACACGAGCAAGAGCCGCACUUGUUUCAGCUGCAAAGUAAUCAUGUCGGACAACCCGGUGGCUUGCCCCACCACCUGAAAACUUUGCGAUGUUUUAAGAUUCUGCGCUGUGCCAAAUUUUGGGAAUGUAGGUUUUAAAGCUUCUUGAGGUAGUAUUGUAGAAAAGCUCUCCCAAAUGUAAAGUGCACAAAUGUUCCAAGUGCUUUGCUGUUGUUGCACAUUGUAGCUACAUUUUCAUUUACAAGCUUUGCUCUGUUUUGAGUUUUUUUUUU